AUGAUUUCUCAACUCCGUUGCCGCCCACGACCCGCAGCCCUGAGGGCGACCGUGGAAACGCUUCAGGCUGGACUUGCGUUGAGUGGUGUGUUGCAAGCUUCACAACGCGUCUACCACGGCUUUCACUUUGCGAGCCCCAACAGCUGGUCUCUGCCCUACGGUGCGAAAUCGACCAAAGUCACCAAAGAAGAGCUGGAGAACCUGCGAUACUUCACCGAUCGGCCACGCGACAAGUGGGAUUACCACCGCGUGGAUGAAAAUAUCAACUCCUCCUCCGAAUUCCGUAGCACCGAAGGCCGUGAGAGCUUUUUCCAGGGCCAACGCGAGGACAACUCCACCAUAAACGAGGGGAGUCUGCACACCCCGCGACACUACCGUUUGUACGAGUACUUUGACGAGUAUACGAAACCCGGCACAAACACCAAGGUCGCCGCUGCCCAGGCCGUGAAAGAGCAGUGGGAUGCCAAGGAGUUUUACUACCCAGGGGAGGCAUGGAAGAAGAAUCGGCCUGGUUUUCGCAGCGUCCCGAAGGAGCUCUUGAAUCGUCAGACCUGGUACCACUGGAGUGAUACCAUCGUGAAGUGGGAUGAAAUCCAGCCGACAAUGCGGACACGCUCGUGGAAUCCGGACUGGCCGCCGCCCGGGUACCACGUCCCGAAGCUUCAGUGCAAGAAGGAGUUCCAUUUUGGCGUCGAGGAGGAUGGGCUAGUAUCCGAAGUGGAGAGGUACAACUGGUACCGUUCCUGGAUUGAUAACAACCUGCGCGCGGGUUGGCUGGAGAUUCCGCUGUUUAUGAUGCUUUUCGGUACCCUGUACUACCUCGCUCGAAAUGCCAUGUCCGUUACGUGCAUGCGAUCGGUAAUGAGCAACAUGUUCUACCCGGGUCGUCAUAUGAUCCGUCCAUUCGGAGUGCCCCGGGACUGGGAGAAUGAAUGCUUCUGGUGGCAACAACCACUAGAAGAUUUUCCAAAUCAGGGAGAAGUCUGGUACAUGAAUCAAAGUCGUUUCGGAUAUAUCAACUACAUCCAACAACGCGACGCACGCGAGAAAACUCUAGCCGAUGCUGAAAUACAGUAG